UCAUACAGCCUUACUGAGACAGGAGGGGAGAGUCAGAGACGCGGAGAAGAAGAAGAGGAGUGAGAGAGAGAGAGAGAGAGAAGGAGAGAAUGUCUGCUGAGAGGGUGGCUCUCGUUCCUCGUUCACAAACCGGCCCUCACUGAGACACCAUGGGCUGUAUCGGCUCCCGCACCAUCACGGCGGAUGCAGUUCCCGUUCGGAAAGAUGGGGAGCAGCAUGGACGUGCCGAGUUUUCCUGGGAAGGAAUCAAUCUGUCCAUGGAGGACACCACCUCCAUUUUGCCCCGUCUGAAGCGGAACUCCAACGCCUAUGGGAUUGGAGCUCUGGCUAAGUCCUCUCUGACAGGUGUGUCAGGGGUUACCAGAUCAAUGAAGGACAAAGUGACCAAGCCCACUGCCAUGGCUCAGGGUCGUGUGGCCCACAUGAUUGAGUGGCAGAGCUGGGGUAAACCAUCCGCAGGGCCGGAAGGGGGAGCGGGACGCUCCAAUCUGAACCGUGAGAGGGAGAGACGGCUUGAAAACGAUGCCUAUAGUGACCUGAGUGAUGGGGAAAAAGAGGCACGAAUGGCAGCGGGGGUUAUGCAGCAGUUUGCCAUUUCUGAAGCCACACUCUUAGCCUGGAACUCUUUGGAUGGAGAGAGUCUCUGUGCUGACUCCAACCAGGGCAGCGUGGCUCACCUCAGUGAGGUUAACCAGGAGAGCAUCACCAGCAGAGACCAACCGUUGCAUCAUUCCUCUGCAGAAGUGUGGCCUCACACCUACGUCUCCCAAGGCCUUUACUGUCUCUCCUCCUCUGAUGCGUGGGAGCCAAUCAGCAACGAGCCCUCGGGCGUGGCUUCUCCAGCUGCCGGCUCUUAUAUCAUGGCGGGCGGGGCUUCGGGUGAGGGUUAUGAUGGCUCCACCCACUAUUUGACACAGCAGCAGCUGACGUUGCAGCAGCAGAACCACCUACAGCAGCUCCAGCAGUAUCAGCAGUACCAUCAGCAGCAGCUCCUGCAGUACCAACAGUCUUUGGAACAUCGACUGCACAGCGCCUCCCACUCCUUACAAGCCACGCCCAACAGCACUAUUCACAGUUUGGGCCCGCCCACUCACCCGAGACUGGCUGACCUGUGGGCGGCGGCUCAGGUGGAGCCCCAUCAGGUGGAGAUGAUAGGACACAUGGGCGUGACUAUGGCCGAAAUGGGAAUGGCGGAAGUGUAUGGUGAGGAACCCGUCUUGGAGACCGAAUGCAUCCCGGAGCAGCAAGAGGAGGAGGAAAUCAAGGAGGAUGACAUAACACUCACCCUCGAACCCGAACAGACAUCCGUAACUCCCGCCCUGACCCCUCCGCCUCAGAGAGAAGACUCCACCCCUCCUGGGGGCAUGAGCCCAGGGCAAGCACCAGCAGCAGAGCCAGUGGCUGAGCACAUGACCUACGAGGUCACAUCCUGCGUCGUCCAAUCGCUGGAGGAGAAGGAAGAAGAGGUAGAGGAUGGGGCCGUUGUCGCUGUGGCCACCAAUUGAUGCGUCAAACCGAGGAACAAAAACAAAAACGAAACUGUCUGUGAAAUAAUCAACCAGUUAAGCUAUUGUAUACGCCCUUUUACCCCAGAUGUGUACUCAUACGGACUGUCACAUCAGGAACUGAUUUAUUCGUUAUUAAGGACACGCUCUCGGAGCACCGGGCGCAUAUAGAGACUAAACAUGGGGAUGAUGCAUUAUAUGUGCUGCUGCUGCUGUUUUAUGGCGGGAGCACUGGAGUCCAAGGCCGCUUGCGAAUGAAAACGAAGAGUGCAAUACUGAGAAAUCAAUACAACCAAAAGAAAGUGCAUGCGACUUUUUUUUUUUUUUUUUUUUUUUUUUGAGUAUUUAAGUGACUGAAUUAACAGUAUCCACAUAGUAAUAAUAUAUAUUGAUUUUUGUAAUAAAACAAAAAGCCAAUGAAACAAAUAUGUAUUUGUAUGUAUAUAUAUUAACAUGUAUGUACUGUAUGUAUGUUAGUAUGAAUGUAUGAAUGUAUGUGUCUUUAAAGGUAUAUUCUGAAACAAGUUACGAAUUUGCCGUUUGCGUGAAGUGUCCCCUAUGUACCUCCAACACACUCGAACACACACUUACACAAACACUGACGCACACACACUUGAAAAUGUUUUUGCUCUUAAUAUAUCCAAGCACAAUACUGCCCAAAUGGAAACAGUGCUGCCCUUUUCAACAUCCUAACUGUAUUGUUACUAAGACUUAUGCACUACUAUGGACAUAAACGAAUGUAUUGCCUAUCUUCUUAGCGACAGCCCGGUUCUGUCCUCAAGUUUUGUUUUUUUAAAAAAUUUUCUCAUCUGUGUCUGUGUUUAUCUGUUCGGUACUGCCUGGCUGAGCUGCUCAAUAUUGAUUUGCACUGAACAACAAAAGGAAAACUGAAGAGUCAUCAUUGUCAUUCCGGGACGUUCCAUUAUUAUUCUCAUGCAAAAUGAGGAGUACUGAGUCUGAGACUAUGGGAAACCAAAUUGGGAAUCCUGAAGACCACUAAUGGAUCUAUUCAUUUACAUUUUUGAUGAACUAACAUAUAGGAGCCAUUUAUGUCAUGCAUAUUUUCCUUGUUGUUUACGUUCUAGCUUUCCUUGUAGCUGACAUAAUGCAAAGAGAUAAACUCUCAUUACCUCAGUGAAAUCAUGUGGUAAUGGGGUAGUUGACAUGUUCGGUCACAGUAUGUUUUUGUCACGACAGACCGUAUGACUGUGGAAAGAAGUGAAAAGAAGGUGCUUUUCUGGUUAAUGCUUGCAGGCUUUCCACUAAUUAUUUAAUAAGCUGUAAUUUAAAUACCCGCUGCAGAAAGAAGUGCCCUCGACUACUAGCGUGCACAUCAAUACGUUCCAAAAGAAAAAAAAAAAAACAUUUUGGAUGUGGCAACAUUAACACACUAAUUUAGAUUUAGAAGGCGUUUGGUUUCGCAAUGAUUUGUAUUCUUUGAUGAUUCUGAGAGUUUUGAUUAACGCCGUUAUGCAAUGCUGAGGCAACAUUUAUUUUUCUAUACUAACGAGGCCUGCGAGUUGUCAUUCUUUGUGAUAUUUUCGAACAUCUAGGACUAGUGUCUGCCAAAAGAGAGUCAUUUUCACAGACCUAAUGGAAUGAAAUUCGAGAGCAGGCGAAAUGAGAAAGAUUGAAGUGGAUGAUCUCUUGUGUUUAGCGAACAAAAUUACAUUCUUUGGAAAGGACACUCUCAGCAUCUUCAAUGUCGGAGCUCUUUGCGAGAUUGUCCAAAAGACGGCAAUGCUAAUAGCUGACAGCAAUGAUGUCACAAGGUCAUAAUUCUCUGUGAAAUACGAAGCAUUUAGUGCAGGCUGGCAAAGAAAUGCAGAGAUCAGCAAUGGAGUUCUGACACAAAAUAAAGCUAGGUAGCGAUCUUGCAGUUUCUUCAACUUCAUUCGGUGUCAUCCUGUAAGCUCAUUCAAAUCAUGUGCAUUUUAAUGUGCUGUAAAUAAAAUCCUUAUUGUGAA